UUUUUAAAGGGACAAGAUCGUUUAAUGGGCGAGGGCUUUGGACCGACAGUCAAGCAGAAAAUAGAAAGGCCCGUUGGCAGAGGUAGUUACAGGACGCGAAAAGGAGAAGAAAGACAAUCAAGACAGCUCGGUCGACCUUUGAAAACCAGGAUCUCGUGUCAACGUAAUUGUAUCAUCAUCGCCCAAAUAUAUCGUCGUUACAUAGCGCAGAUAGUUUUGUCGUCGAUUAAGCAGAAGAUACUGAGAUCUCGUCUGCUGUCUAAAAUAGGAUCAAACUCCUCGUCCAUAUAACGAUAUGAUGGAAAUGUUAGUUUGCUGACUGAUGCGACCCUUGUCAUUGCGUUCAUAGAUUUGCUUUGGGGGAGGAACAGAGAGACCUGGCAUGUAACCUUUCAACUCCCCACAGCGUUGAAGUAAUAACAACCAGGACUGGAGAGUUUCGACAGUCAGGAAGAAGAAACAGUCGAGGAGGAGAGGACAGCAGUUCCUAGAGAGGUCGUGUCUCUGGAAUGCCUGGCUCAGGAUGCAGCCAUUGAGCAGUUCACUCCGUUCAGGAGACAAGGGGAGGCGUGAUUGGCCGCUGGCCAUAUCUGGGUGGAGCUGUUGCAGGGAUAUUACCUAUUCAUUGGCACUUUCUGCAAGGCUCCUCCCACCUCACUGACACACCGCCCUUGGCCCUUCUUCGCUGCCUUUGUGUCUGGGAUUCCUGUUGUUGGAUCUGAGGGGCAGUGAUGGAGAUGGCCAAACUCUGGGGCUAAAGUCAGGGUCAAGGUGGAUGUGAAAAGGCCUGCAACCAAGUUUCAAGCACCAAGAAGCACAAGCUGUGUGCACUGUUGUUUGUGCCUGCUCCACAACUGACCCACGGACUAUAGUGCCUUCCAUCUAUGGUACUGGAAGCUUACUUUACAUGUACAGCCUUAUUGCACUCGUUUAGACAUUCUAGAACUCACUAGAGCUUGUGGUUGCAUUAUUUAACACUGCACAACUUCCCCUAAAACAAUCACCCAGCACAAGAAAAGUAACUAUGCGUCACAUCCAUGUGGAACUGGCUCGUAAAGAGCCACCCGUUGAGCUUCCAGCCCAGGCUCGGGAUUUACCGCCUGACACUCAGAGUGAAAGCUCUGAGCCCGGAGUCCGACGAUCAGUUCCCAGGCCCUUCGGAGAAGAAGAGAUGCGGCUGCAGAAGGUUUACCAGCUGUCCAUCCUAUCUCAAAGAGGUGGUUUCGGAGAAAAUCAAGAGACGCUGCGGCCAAUUAGAGUAGGCAUGAAACGCGGCCUGGAGGGCGCACCGGUCCCGGUCGCCCAAAAGCGUCCUUUCCAAACGGAUGAAGAUGUUGAUAAUGAGUCCGAAGGGGAGUUGCUUUGUGGAUCUGGGGUGGAACCACUGUUUUCCAGUUCACUUUACGAGCACAGAGACUCAGAAAUCCCUAGGUCCCCUCCUCUUUCCCCAUCACAUCCAAUGAUACCUGGUCGGCGACCUGCCCAGCACAAUCAUGACCGGCCCAUCCCGGACACAUUCGCCCCACUCUCCCCAAAAUCUCCACCCAUGGUUGACCCCCAAGGGCCUCACUCCAACUGGGGCCACUGUGAGGGGAGUCCUUCCUCCCUUACUCCUCGGACUGAGGCCUCCACAGCAGGAAGCAUCCCAGUUGAUUCCAAAGAAGGCCCAGGGGAUGAGAGCCAUAGCAGCAGUAAUCUUUCAGUGGAGGUCAAGGGAACGUUAGGAACCGCAGAGAGCAGUUGGGCACCCGUUCCAUUUUCAACACCAGCUGUAGCUGUUGAAUGGGGGGCAAGUUUCGAAUCCUCUCCUCCGCCAUCAGAAACAAAGACCUUCUCCUCUUCAAAUGGACUGAGCUCUGUCGAGAAAACUCCAGUAGAGGCAAAUGGCUUGACAUCAGGGUCAUCCACUGCCUGCCCGAUCAAGAGAAGACUUCUGUCGUCCAGUGAUACAGGCGAGUCCUGUUCAGAGGACGAGGGCCCAUCCACAUCAAAACGCUGUCGGUCGGCACUGUUAGCGCCCGGGCUUGGGUUAGCAUCCUGUCGCAGCACUGACGCCAAAGGUGCACCCUUCUGGAACCAUCUAUUACCAUCAGCGAGGGAAAACACAAAGACGGCUACUGACUGUUUGCGAGUAGGGAGAAGGCUCAAAGCUGGGAAUCGUCUCAAAUCUCGACAGCUGCGCAGUGGACGCAGGACAGACACCAGCCGCUCCUGUAGUUCCCUCUCCUCUUUAUCAUCCAUAAGCAGACCCCUCCUUGGCAACUUUGAGGAGUCAAUCCUAAAGGGUCGAUUCACUCCAUCCGGACGCAUAGAGGGCUUCACGGCAGAGAUCGGGGCAAGCGGCUCCUAUUGUCCGCAACACGCCACUUUACCUGUGCAAGUCACUUACUAUGACACCUCAGAGCACAGCGCCCCGUCCCCAUUCAUGACCUUAUUUAACCCAAAUAAGACUGUGGUUAAAAUGUUUCUGGUGACGUAUAAUUUUGGGGACAUGCCCGUCAAUCACAUGACCUUCUUGCGCCAUCGUAUCUUCCUGGUGCCUGUGGAGGAGCCAGGGGGGUCAGGAGAGGGGCAGGAGGGCUCCUUGUCUGACAGGAAGAAGAUUCUCUGCUACUUGAUACACCUCAGAUUCCAGAGUUCCAAAUCUGGGAAAAUCUACUUGCACAAUGAUAUCCGGCUGCUAUUCUCCCGCAAGUCCAUCGAGGUGGAUGCCGGGAUUCCUUACGAGCUGAAAUCUUUCACCGAGGUGCCAAGAAACCCCAAAUACUCCCCCAGGGUAUGAGACCGCGACGCCCAGGCGCAGUGGGCCUAAAAGACUGCAUUAAUAAAGAUUGCAAGACAAAAGAACCAA